ACAUUUCAGAAUUUAGUCGGGAAUCCAAAAAAUGUCAAGUUAAAAAAAAAUGCACCAUAUAAAAAAAGACUUCUGUCUUCUUUCUCUGUUCCUUUGAAAUACUAAGCAAAAUGACCAUUUCUGAUAGUCAGCAGAGUAACAAAACAGAUAGUCCACUCAAGGCGCUGCUUAGCAUUCCUGAAACGAUGAAAGAUAGCGCGUACUUUGCUACAGUUGUACCUGAAAAGUGGAAUUUUAUUGAUUUUUGCAAAGUUUUGGAUCAGAAUGGCAAGAAAAAAUACAACAAAACCAUAAUCAACAAAUAUAUUGAGAGAUAUCAAGUUGCACUUGGCUGUAUUAUGAGGCUGAAAAACAUGCCAAGAGAAGUACAUACGUAUGUCGGGUUCCUGAAAAAAGAAAUUACUACUACUAAAGUAAAUCCUAAACAGUUCACUUCGCAGAUCAAGAACAAUACUCAAGUUAUAAACAGAAAUAGCAAUAUAAUAAUUAUAGGAAGCAACAAUAUCUUGAAUACAGAUAUACAGCCAUACAUCGUCAUCAAAGAUGACUGCUACUCUUCUGAAGAUGAGAAACCAAGAAGAAAAUCACAUUUUGAUUACACUAUCUUUGGUGGUUCGAGAAGCAAUAAGUUAAAAGAACCUCAUGUAUGGAUAAAAAAAAAUUAGCAAGACCGUGUUCAUACCUGUUCCCUAAUAGUUUUUUAUCAAUAGUUUUUCAUUAAGGACUUUAACUUAUCCGAGUUUUUAAAUAAGUAUCGAGACACAGCACUCAGCAAAAACGAUACACUAACGAAGACUAUGACUGACGCAAGACAGAUGUCGUUAAAUUACAUUUAUUAUUUUCCCUUGGACUGGAAAAAGUCGUGUGUCAGAAGGCUUUCAGACGAAGAGCAACGCUUAAUCUACUUUGAACUUCAAAAGUUGGUUGAAACAAACGCUGUAAAUUUACCAAAUGAAGUACAAGGUU